AUGUUCAAAUUGGUGGUGUUGUCUGCUCUUUUGGCCGUUGCCAGCGCUGGAGUCUUCCAUGGUGCCGCUUACACCGUUCCAACAGCCGUAAGCCAUCAAUCUAGGACCGACGUUCACAGCAAACCUGUUGUGGCUUACUCGGCUGCUCCAGUCGUUGCUGCUGCUUACACGGCUCCAGUUGUAAAGACUGUCCCUACUGCUCCAUUAGCGUACACUUCUCCUUUGGCUUACAACACUUAUGCUGCUUACUCUACUCCAGUUGUGAUGAGCAUCUCUGCAGCUCCAGUUGCUUACACCGCACCAUUAGCUUACACUGCUCCAGUUGUUAAGACCGUCGCAACUGCUCCUGUAGCUUACACCGCCGCUGCCGGCAUCCCAACUGCAGUAAGCCACCAAUCGAGAACCGACGUGCACAGCAAACCAGUCGUAGCCGCUUACACUUCUCCAGUUGUUGCCGCUGCUUAUACUGCCCCAAUUGCCACCGCCGCUUACAACGUUCCAGUUGCCUACAAUUACGCCGCUUCACCAGUUGCUUACACUGGAUUCGGAUAUGCCAACAAAUUGGUAUUCCUGGACUUACGAACUCCCGAAUUUAGAAACAAAAUUCUAAAAGCUUUGUUUACAACUUUCUUGGCUGUUGCCAGUGCUAGAGUUCUUCAUGGCGCUGCUUACAGCAUUCCUACUGCUGUUAGUCAUCAGUCGAGAACAGAUGUUGUUAGCAAACCUGUAGUAGCCCCCGUUGCUUACACAGCUCCAAUUGUUGCUGCUGCUCCAGUGGCUUACACCUCUCCGGUAGCUUACGCUGCUCCAGUUGUUAAAACCGUAGCUCCAGUAGCUUACACAGCAGGUGCCGCAAUCCCAACUGCCGUUAGCCACCAAUCGAGAACUGAUUUCGUCAGCAAACCUGUUGUUGCCGCUUACACUGCUCCAGUUGUUGCUUCUCCUUACACCGCUCCAGUAGCUUACACCGCCCAAGUAGCCAACGCUGCCUACGCCGCUCCAGUCGCUUACACCGGAUUAUAUUACUAA